CAAGAGUUGAUUUUGGUUGAAGCCUCGGGUUUUGUUUUUUUUUUUUUCGUUUUUUGGGCUAACGUGAGCCGGGUGCGUAGGAGAAGUGAAAGGAAGGGAAAGGGGAGGGAAUAGAGGAGGUCGCCAUACGGGUUGAGAGGGUGAUGGAGGAAGGUGUAGUCGUUGGGGAGGGGACGACGAAGGCGGCGUGGGGAACGUGGGAGGAGCUCCUUCUUGGCGGCGCUGUGCUGCGGCACGGCGCCGAUGACUGGGACGCCGUCUCCUCGGAGCUCCGAGCUAGAACGGCUUGUCCGUUCAGUUUCACGGCCGAGGUGUGUAAAGCCAAAUACGAGGACUUGCAACAGCGAUAUUCUGGCUGCAGGGCCUGGUUUGAAGAGUUACGAAAGCAGCGGAUGGCAGAGUUGAAGCUGGCAUUGGAAAAAUCUGAGGACUCAAUUGGGUCUCUGGAAUCAAAGCUCGAAAGUCUCAAAGCUGAGAAAGGGAUUGCUUGUGACUUGGAUAAUGACUCCAGCCAGACGGAAUCGCCUAUUCCCUUCCAAAAAUCAAUGGAAGUUGAGUCUUCCAGGAAAGAGACAUCUAAGGAUGGACUUUCUGCUGGUAGUUUCACGCAGGACACUCGGACAAACUGGUCACCUGAAUGUCAGAUUCCAGCUGCAGUAUCAUCUGAAGAUAUGGAGGCUAAGCCAGAAAUCUCAGAGUCCUCCAAACAAGAGAAAAUUUCAAGCUCAGAAAAGCUGGGAGAAACAAGCAGUGGGCGAGGAGGACGCGUCAGGGGGAGGAGAGGGAAGAGGAAGAGGAAGGACUGCACGAGGGAUGUAAAAGAAGGAAGUGUUGGAGAAAGCGACUUCUUGGGUUCAACUGAUGUUGCAUCAGCCUCCCAAUGCAAGGAAAUUUCUAUGGGUGACCAUGGUCAAGUUGUUGUAUCUUCUGGUAUUGAUGAUUGCAACAAGGGCUGCUCUAGUAGGGAGGAAAUUGAUGAUCUGAUGGGGAUUUUUUAUUCCAUCAUGGAGAAUGAAAAUGCCCCAGUAUUCCGUGGGCGGCAUGAUAGCCAGAGGAGAGCAAGAUACAAGAAACUGGUCCGGCAGCAUAUGGAUUUCGACACCAUAAGGUCAAGAAUAAACAGCCACUUAAUCACAACGUCAAGAGAACUCUUUAGAGAUCUGCUUCUGCUAGCCAACAAUGCAUUAGUCUUUUACUCGAAGAAGUCACGAGAACACAAAAGCGCAGUGCUCCUGAGAGAUCUUGUAUCCCGAAGAUUAAAGCAGCAUUACAAGGACUCCAGAGCAAAGGCCGCAGUUGCAGUCCUCUCUACAUCACCAAUUCAAAACCCUCCUGUAAAACCCCGAAGCAUCCGCCCAUCUAAGCAAAAAACAGCUAAUGCUGGGAAAGUCAUUACUGGGACUCCACCUCCUCAGUCGGAGUCCAAGAAAAGCUUUCCUCUGCAAGGAAAAGUGAAGACUACCAAACGUGUGACCGGGCCGCAACCUCCUCAAACUGCUUCAAGGGGAAGAAAGAAAGCUCGUUUAAGGUGAAAAUGUUGUAUAUAUUUUUGUAAAUUUCCAUUUUGGACAGAGACAAACCCAGCCUCUAAUUUCAGGUGGUUGGGUCUGUUAGUCUUGUAGUGUAUAUAAUGACCCUUUUGUUGGGAUGAAACAAUUGUGUGCCAUUGCAUUGUAAUACACAAACCUCUUAGAGAAACUAUUCUCUCUUUGUUCAUCA